CGAACAAAGUUAACGAGUAUAAGUCGCUCUCCUCCUCAAUUGAUGCUUAGCUUUUCACUUUCCCUUUCAUGAAGACUCUGCCAAACCAAAAAAUCCUUGGUUUAGGCAGUUUGAUUUAUGAUGAAGAUGGCUAAAAUCUCAGUAGACCAAACCUGGAAACACCAUCGAUCAUCAUCCGACAGAAUCAGCCAAUUGCCAGAUGAGUUAAUAGAGCACAUACUAUCUUUUCUGCCAACCAAAGAUGCCGUUGCUACUUCAGUUCUCUCCAAAAGAUGGUAUCCUUUUUGGACUAAACUUCAAGUACUUCAUCUUCAGGACUCAAUCCGUUGCCAAACCAGACGAGCAACCAGGAUCAAGUUUGUUCGAUUUGUCACUAGGGUUUUGUUGCUUAACAAAGCUGUUUCUUUGCACAAGUUUCGCCUCAACUGUCAUCAAAUUUACGAACCCAAAUGUUUUAACAUGUGGGUUUGCUCUGCUGUUGAUAAAGGUGUCCAAGAAAUUGAUAUCUCCAUCAGAACAACCCCAAAACAUGACUACUUUUUGAGGUUGUCCUCUCAGGUUUUCAAGGCUGAGAAACUCAAGUUUUUGAAACUAAGUGGUGGGAUUCUUAUUGAUUUUCCUGGUGAGUCGUCAGUUUGUUUUCCCAGUCUCAAAACCUUGCAGCUUUUCUAUGUCAACAUCGCCAAUGAUGAAUCUUUUGACAAGCUUUUUUCUGGUUGUCUUGUUCUUGAGACACUGGUUUUAAAAACACCUGACCGUGUAAAGACACUUAAUUUCAAACUUUUGUCAUCAACUUUGAAGAGUUUGUCCAUUAACCUUCGAUAUGCUGAGCACAAACUAGAGAUAAAUACACCAGCUCUCGAGUACUUGGAACUCGAAGAAUCUUACCAUCAAGUUUCUUUCAUCGGAAAUUUCUCUAGCUUAAUUCAAGCCAAAAUUAAAUUUAAUUAUGUGAUUAGCCUAAAUCAGCUGCUUAUCAGAGCCCUCUACAAUGUCAAGCUUCUUUCCUUAGCUUCAUAUUGGUAUUUCGAACCGGUGCCCCAUGGCUAUGCUUAUCCUAUGUUUCAUAAUUUGGUCCAAUUGGAGAUAUUAAUUGGUUUGCCUGGCUGGGAUGCAUUAUCACACUUGCUUACACUCUCUGAUAAUCUAGAAAUUCUUCUUGUUGAGAAUAACUCAACAAUCGACAGUCGAUGGACACAACCGGAGCAUGUUCCUACAUGUGUAUCAUCACAUCUAACAGCAGUUUCUUUUAAAGUGUUUCAAGGUUUAGGAAGUGAAAUGCAAGUGAUAGAAUAUCUUUUAAAGAAUGCUAAAGUCUUGAAGACUAUGCAAAUUUGUACCCUUAAUAUGUCUCCUGAUUCAAAGUCAUUUGUUCUGAACAAAUUAUCAGAGUUCCAAUGGGGCUCCAAGACAUGUCAAGUUGCAAUACUGUAAGUCUCAAGUACAGCUAUUUUUCCCCCCUUUUGUCUUUAGGUCUUCAUUCUUGGGAUAAAUCUUGUCAUAAAUGUAUUGAGUCUACCUAAUUUGUACAUAGUUAAAAAAAAUUCAUGUUAAGCUUGAAAUUUAGAUUCUUGAUCAUUUAUUUUGUUUCAACACAAAUUUUUAUAUUUUUCAAGUGUACUCCUUGUAUCGAUUUACUGUAUUCAAAAUUUUAAUUACCGGCGAAGUAUUUUCCAUGAGAAGCAAAUUUUUAAUAAACUUUUGCAUUUUUUAUAGAUACAUUGCUAUAGCCUUUAUAUUGUCAAAGUGUCACAAUUUUUAGAUAUAGUAAUUGUUUUAAGAUGGUCUAGCAAAUGUCAGUGCAUUCCUUUUGCUUCGUUUCUAAGCAAGCAAGAAAGACUUUAACAAUUGAAGAAGUAAAUAAUGGAGAGACAGAGGAGAAAAGAUGUUUAGACCACCAGCAGGCGACAGGCAACAAUGGAAGUGGACGAUGAGUCAGAGCAGGACGAAAUUACCCCUGAAACUAAAACACCUAGUUCUCCAUCUUGAAGAAUCAUUUCUUUGCCAAUCCAUGGAUAAUUAAGUUUAUAAAAUGUUUAUGAAGUAUCAUUUUUGUGCCAAAGGAUAAAAAACAAAAAGGACAAGAAUAUUUGCAAGGAAACCAUAUUUGUCUGAUUUAUUUAUUCUAGCUUUGGACUGCAAAGCAACUUUUUAUCAAGAAAAGUUUAAUAGUUCCGUGUGCU